UCGCAAUUGUACAACCAAGUAAGUCGGUGUCUAUUUAUUUGUCGAAAAUAAUACAUUCAUAAUUUGUGCAAAAUGAAAGAUGACACGAGACUUUGCCUUAAAGAUACGGAACCAAACAACGAUAAAAUCUUAAAAAACUACGCAGAAUGUAUUGCAAAACGUGAAAAAUUUGUUAAAUAUGAUAUAACGGUAGCUAAAAUAACAAAAAAAGGAGAUGGAUAUCUAGCAACUCCUUACGAAAUUGAUAUAAAAGGAGCAACUGCCGACGGAGAAAAGGAGGUCAACUUAUUUGUGAAGAAUAUCAUUGCAAAUGAUACGUUUGGUGGUUUCUUUUCUAUUAAAGAAGCAUAUAAUCGAGAAUGCUAUUUUUAUAAAGAGCUUUCGAAGAUUUUCAGCCAGUUACAAGAAGGUAAAGUGCCUAAAGGAGAUAAACUUAAUAUGGUUAAAGGCUAUGAAGAAUCUACUACAGAAGCUAUCAUUAUGGAUAAUGCAACAAAAAAAGGUUACAAAACUCUCAACAGAAUGGAAGUCGUCGCCCCUUUGAAAUUCAUAGAACUAGCAUUGGAGCAACUUGCGAAAAUUCACGGCUUAGGUUUCGUAAUUCAUGAAGAAAUGCCAGAAUAUUUUAAUGACAAUAUAGCUAUUAAAGAAUUUCCUAUGAUAUUUAAUGAAGAAUGGAAAAAGAUAGCAAGAUCUGCAAUAAAUAUAACGUUAAAGAAUCUAAACCCAGUGCCGAGGAAGAAAGCUGAAGGGUUUGUUCCAAAGAUUUUAAGCAAAUUAGAAGAGUACUAUAAAGAGAAAUCUUUGAUACGCACUCUUUGUCACGGAGAUUUCAGAGUCAUGAACUUACUGAUGAAAGAAAUUAAUGGUGAAGUAACAGAAGUUAUUCCAAUUGACUACCAAAUAAUAUACUAUGGAUGCCCUGCAACAGAUGUACUGUAUUUAUUGUAUGGAAGCACAGACCUUAAUCUCCGAAAACAACAUCAUAAACGCUUAAUCAACUUAUACUAUGACACUUUGUCAAGAUUUCUAAAAUAUUUUGAAAUCGACGUCAAAGACGUUUACCCAAGGAAAGAAUUUGAUGCAGCGAUUGAAAGGAGAUCAGAGUUUGGUCUAAUGAUGGCUCUUUAUUUCUACCCCCUCUUCUUUGCCCCUGAUGAUGAUGUCCCAGAAAUAACAGAGGAUUUUACAACUAAACAUUAUAAGUUAGAUAGUGAAAUUAUGAAGAAGGUCGAAGAAAUCAUUGAAGAAUUUGAAGAAGCGGGCCUAUUGUGACUUAUUUAUUACUAUUACUGUGGCUAUGGAGUUCCUUUUCUUAUAAAGCUGAAACCACAUAAGUACGACUUGCGUAUUGUAUCGGCGUAUGUGAUUGAGGUAGUGUAUUAUGGCCACAUCCAAAUGUUACACCGUGUGAAACCAACUUUAUUACGUCACGUGUUAGAAUGUCACAUACCAUUAGGAACCUAGCUGCCAAUCCUUUCGUAUUAUUUGUAGAUCUGUCUAUUUUAAUCUGUGGCCCAAUUAUAUGGGGUGUUAUUGACAUCGUAAAGAAUACUGAGUGAAAUUUCCUAUCGGUAAAUUAAUGAAAAUUUUAGUGGUUUUUUUUUUUUUCAUAUUUUGAGUUUCAUACUUUUGCGACGGAACUUUUUUACUUGAUAUCAACUCAGAAUCAUGGUCUGAAUCAUCCCUCAAAGUUUUCAUUACGAUGUCACUAACACCCUGUACAUCUGAUUAAUUAUCGAUACAAUCACGAGUAUAUAAUUGUUCUGUCACUUUAUUGUUAAGUACAUGUUUUGUACAUUUUUAUGAAUUUCCUGUUUAAUGAUUUUUAUUGUUAUAU